AUGGUUGCUGAUUCGAGAUUUUUUAUGCUUAUAACAAGAGCUAUCAAUCACAAUCGCGUAGUUCCUUCAUCAGCCGAUUCAAGAAUGGGAUCGGCACGAAGUUCAUGGUCAUCCGCUUCUAUCGUUAGUAGUAUUGAUUUAAAAUCGCCUGAACCAGAAGUAAAAGAUCCAGAUAGCCACACUUUAGAAGCAAUAAACAGCACUGUACGCAAUCGAAAAUUAUUAAUUAGUCUGAUUACACUCCUUGUUCUAUUGAUUUUGAUUGGUAUUGUUCUUGGUGUUGUAAUACCAUUAAUAUUCAUGCAAAAUUCUUCGAUAACAACGACAGUAUCAACAGUAACAACGACUACCAAAGUUUAA